CAAUAAAUAAAUCACAAACCACAAUCAUUUCUCCUCUCUGGGUUUUUCGAUCCCCUUCUCUUCUCAGAUCUUCUUCUUCUUACUCGUCUCGUCGUAGGUGCUUUUAUUGAUUUGAAUACUAACAAACCAAUAACCCAACAAGAAAAUUGAUUCGCUGCAGACCUUGUCGUCGCUGCCGAACCUUGCAAUCACGAGAUUCGUCGUUGCCGAAUUGUUGUUUCCGCCGAGGAAUUGCUCAAGGCACUCCCUGUUGCACCAGCGUUGCCACUCCGCCAUAGGCGCUCGCCAGAUUCAUUCUCUACGCUAUCGUCGUCGUCUUCCAUGGACAAUCCGCCCGAGGGUUACCGUAGAAACGUUGGCAUUUGUCUCAUGAACCCUACUGCCAAAAAGAUUUUUGCAGCUUCGAGGCUUGAUAUGCCAAAUGCCUGGCAAAUGCCUCAGGGUGGCGUUGAUGAGAAUGAAAAUCCAAGAGAUGCUGCCAUCCGAGAAUUAAGAGAAGAAACAGGAGUCACCUCUGCAGAAAUCAUUGCUGAGGUUCCUCACUGGUUGACAUAUGAUUUCCCACCACACGUCAGGGAAAAACUAAAGCAGCAAUGGGGUUCUGACUGGAAAGGUCAAGCACAGAAAUGGUUCCUCUUCAAGUUUACUGGAAAGGAGGAGGAAGUCAAUCUUUUGGGUGAUGGGACUGAGAAGGCCGAAUUCGGAGAGUGGUCUUGGAUGUCACCUGAACAAGUUGUUGAUCGAGCGGUGGAUUUCAAGAAGCCGGUUUACGAAGAAGUUAUGUCUGUUUUUGGUCCAUUUCUCCAAUAGCCACAGAGCUUUGUCUGGGAUAUAUGAAGGUGUACCUGCUAAUAUUAUUAUUAAUAUUAUUAUUAUUAUUGUUCAACCUUUUUUGUGAUAUCAAUAUUAUAAAAAAUAAUAAUAAUGUAUGGAGGUUAUGCCGUUAAGCCUCGUUUGGCUGCGCUUAUCUUUUUAUUCUACUUAUAUGUAGCCUCUUAACAAGUGAACUC